UAACCAGGUGCGUCAGUUCUCUGCCAUUGCUACGUUCCUUUGUCUGAUAAUUUAAGCUGCAAUCGUUCCACACGGAUGUUUGUUGCAGGUUUUAGGCGGAUUCUAACAUCAUGGCAAGGUCACUAUCUAACGCACUCUUGAAGGGCAUCUCCAGUUUUCCAUCUGCUCGAUUCGGUACAAUGGUUUCUGGAUCCAUUUUCCAAAAUGGAAUGAGGUACUCAACUAGUGUGCCCAAUGAUCCUGACACACAUGAUGAUUUCAAAUCCACUAAUAAGCUUGAAAGUUCAGGGCUUGCUUUACAAGAUAUUGUUGAGCAGGAUGUUAAAGACAACCCUGUGAUGAUCUACAUGAAAGGGGUGCCUGAUGUGCCUCGAUGUGGAUUCAGCUCACUAGCAGUAAGAGUGUUGAAAGAAUACAAUGUUCCUUUGAGUGCUAGAAAUAUUUUGGAAGACCCUGAGCUGAAGAUUGCUGUAAAAAAAUUCAGCCACUGGCCCACAUUUCCACAAAUAUUCAUAAAGGGGGAGUUCAUAGGGGGAUCUGAUAUUAUUCUCAACAUGCACCAGACUGGAGAACUGAAGGAAAAGCUCAAAGACGUCUCGGCACCCCAGGAAAAGUCCGAAUGAGUUACUGUUGUUGGAUACUGAUUAAUGAGAUUGUUAAAUUCUUUUUGUCUUUUGUUCUUGGUGCUGCAAAAUGGUGAGACACAAGGGUUUUGUGCUAAAUUCUAAAUGGGGUUGAUGAGCUUUGAAAUGUCAAAACAGUUUACAAUAAUAAAUGUAUUAUUAAGCAGUCAUGGUUUUAGUUACAAAGUUAUGUGGAAA